AGCAUUGCGGUUGACUGUUACCUGUUUUCAACUUAUAAGGAACCAGAAUUUUCGAUCUGAAGUGGGCCCAGCAUCCUAUCCCCGCUUACGCACUCCGAGGAUGUCUUUCAGUAUGCCUGUGCCAUGUUGUCAUAUCCCGUUGAUUGGUUGGGAAUGCACUUUAUAGUCGACCAUAAGUACACGUUGGAAUCAGUCGCCGUCUUACCAUUCCUCCUUCCGGGUGUAGAGUGCACCCUCGACAACCUUGAACGGUGUCGCCAGCAGAUCUGGGAAGUCAUACCUCAAUACAUGCGGGCUAUCGAUCACGCCGAUCAUUGGUUUCGGAUGUUUGUGUGGCUGAGGGACGAGCGGGAGCCGGACACCCUAAGGAGAUUGGAGGUGUUUUUCGGGACAAAUUAGGUAGAUUCUCCAACUUCUCCAAGAAUCCUGGGCCCAGAGCGUUUUGUUCAAAAUAUCUCUUGCAGGUAUUAGUAUGGAGAGUAUUACUGCGUUCUUCAGCAUGCAAAGAAGUUUGAGGGCCGAUUUUAGACAGCCUGUAUUGAUUAUGGGCUCAUUGUCUUCUUGCUUUAUGGUAUCUGUCUGUAUCAGUUCCAUGGACGAAGUCACCCGUCUUCUGACCGUGUGAGAACUCAGGUCAGGGAAUCCAGCCCCGAAUUUUUUCUGGGUAACGGGCAGGCGAAAUAGGUCGACUGCACACGGUUUGACCGCUCCCUGGUCGGUCACCGUUUAGUGCCACAAGGGUCGGCAAGAUUACACUCGGUCCCUGGUCUGCCCAUGCGUAGAACCAUGGCCUCGAUGUUACCUUCA